AUAAUUGCUCGUAUCGUUGUGUGCACUUUUAUGUGUACUUUCUUGGUUGGUGAUAGAUGUGCUCGUCUUUCGAAAGGGCACUGCAGCAGCGAGAAGGGAACGGACCAUUUCUGCAAUGGAUCCUACAACCUACUGUAAAGUCGUUAUGGUGCCGUUUGCUUCUUAGGAACCAUUGCAGCCAUAGGGAAUCUUUUUGUUUGAGUAAUGACUAUUGGUGAACUUCUGCACUGCAAUGUACCUAACAAUGGAUACCGUCGUAGAUUUUGCGAACGGCACCCUGCUCGUUGUUGCCCAAAAUGCUGGUCUAGUGCUGGAGACAGUGAUGGCGGACGCGCUGCUGACCUUCGUGCUGCUGACCUGCUUCAUGCCGCUGCUGCUCUUGGUUUUUCUUUUCGCUUGUGGCGUUGCGUUGCGUCUCUAUCUGAACCGUACACGGGUGGUAGGACUCUCCACGCAGGAAGGAGGCCUGUCAAGCCGUGCUCGCACUCUUGUAGCUACCAUUGCUGACACGCAAGGAACAUUUAUUUGUGGAUUUGAUGUAAGCAAGCUCAACAACAUACCUGAUAAAGGUGGGGCGUUGUUGGUGCUCUAUCAUGGUGCUUUGCCGCUCGACUUCUACUUCCUAUGGGCCAGGGUACAGUUGGUGAAGCAACGGACCAUGUACCUGGUCUCUGACCGCUUUAUGUGGAAAAUACCCGGCAUCAAACCUUUCCUUGACAUUGUCCAUGCUGUGCCUGGUUCGCAUGAUGAGUGUGUUAGGCUGCUGAAGGAAGGACAUCUUGUUUGUAUAGCUCCUGGAGGUAUGCGGGAAGCGCAGUUCUCCGAUGACAUGUACAAGAUCCUGUGGGGUCGGCGGCAAGGGUUUGCUAGGGUGGCGAAGGAGGCUGGAGUGCCGAUUGUUCCCGUGUUCUGUCGGAAUAUCCGUGAAGCGGUGCACACUUUCCCCUGGAAACAUGGUCUUCUGCGCCUGAUCUAUGAGAAGACACGUAUCCCUGUAGUUCCUAUUUACGGGCCGUUUCCAGUGAAGCUAAGGUGCUUCAUUGGUGACCACGUGACCAGUCCGGAGGAAGAGCGUGUUGAAGAUUAUGCCCAUAGAGUCCGCUCUGUUCUUGAGGACAUGAUUGCACGGCACCAGGAAGUGCCUGGCAGUACUUUCAGGGCACUGCGAGAGCGUUGGACUCUGCCACCCGUUGACUCAUAGCCUUCACCUUUGGCUGGUGUGGAGUGCCAAGCACCAGGUCAAUGCAGCCUGAUAGGUGAGUGGAGAUAUUGUCAAACUAAUCCAGCAAGGUCACACGGCUUUGGACUAAAUACUGCUCCAAUGGCUGCUUGCUUUGGACACACCUGUGCUACCUGUCAGGAAGGUGCCUCUGCAAUGUGUGCCGCUCUAUGUGCCAUGCUGCAUAGUGCGGCCGCAGCCAGUGAUGAGUGGUCUGCCCACGCUCGUGUUCCGUGAACGGAUACUGACAGGAAUCCUGCUGCUGCUGCUGUGGCCGUGUGGCGGGUUUCUUUUCCUGCGUGUCCAUUUUAUUUUGGCGGCGUGCGUGAAAGAAGUGUUGCCCGUAGUGUCUGUGUACUCGCGUGGUCUUUGCUUUGCUUACGCAUAUGCCUUGAGCGAUCUAUUCAGCAGCCCUCUUCUAAACUUUCAAGGUAUGGGCGUGUUGUGCACAAACAGCAUCCCGGAGGAAUAGGGGCAUAUUUCAGAUAAAAACCCAUAUGCUAUGGGUAUGUAUAUCUCUAUGGAACGCCGCUUUUUAAAAAUUUAUUUUCAGACUUGCAGGUAGAUGGGAUUUCAAUUGAUUUUAUUUAGGCCGUGCUACACUCAUCUAUUCUGUCAACACUAUGCAGCUAUUUUCUCCUUUGUCACAGACCGUGUUGUUUUAUAGGUAUUUUCAAAGUUCUAGUGCUGCCUUAUCUACAAACGUCCCAUUUAUUACUAUUAGAGAUGCAACCUGG